AUGGAUUACUCAGAGCCCGUCCCGCAGCCCUCUCCCUCGCAUGACGCUUCGCUGGAGGACGCGAGCAUGCACACCGUUACUGCCUCAUCUGUCAACGCUCUGCCCCAUAUCCACAACCACAACAUCUCCGACUCUGCCGAUUCCACUCGCCGACCUCAGACCUCCUACUCCGACACUGGCUUUGCCUCCAACUACCAAUCUCAAGACAACAAUCCCGACCAACAACAACACGAAGACCAGAUGCCACAGUACCCCUCGAGACCGAGCUCUCGCUUGAACCGUCAAAACUCAGACUACUCGGACCAAAAUGGCCAGCGACAACAGGCCCAGAAGAACGCCAGCGUCGUUAUCAAGGUUGGAAUGGUCGGUGAUGCGCAAAUCGGCAAGACCUCUUUGAUGGUCAAGUACGUCGAGGGCAGCUGGGACGAGGACUACAUUCAGACUCUGGAAAUCACCUUCUCAAUCUGGGACUUGGGCGGUCAGCGCGAAUUCGUCAACAUGCUGCCCCUUGUCUGCAACGACGCCGUCGCGAUCCUCUUCAUGUUCGACUUGACUCGCAAGAGCACCCUAAACUCAAUCAAAGAGUGGUAUCGUCAGGGCAGGGGUUUCAACAAGACCGCAAUCCCAUUCCUGGUCGGCACGAAAUACGACCACUUUGUCAACUUCCCGCGCGAGGAGCAAGAGGAGAUCAGUAUGCAGGCUAAGCGCUUCGCCAAAGCAAUGAAGGCAAGUCUGAUCUUCAGCAGUACCAGUCACAGCAUCAACGUUCAGAAGAUAUUCAAGAUUGUGCUAUCAAAAGCAUUCGACCUGCGCUGUACGAUUCCAGAGAUCGAACACGUGGGCGAGCCUCUGCUUCUCUACCAACACGUAGGCUAG